UUGGGGUUGUUGUCUGAACGUUGUAAUUGUUUGGGGUACUUUGUAUUACUUUGCGUUUGUUUGUGGUGUUACGAUUCUUUGUUUAGGUUUGUUUGUUUAUUUCAGAGAACGGACGGAAAAACUUACGAAAAGUCAUGCGCCCAAGAACAGGAGGUUCGGCUGUGGUGGUCUAUCUGUUAGCAUCGGUCUCUGGGAUCAAACUGGAUGGAAAUGGUUACACAGACGUUCUCUUCGCCAUCAGUCCAGCAGUGCCCGAAAACUCACAGCUCAUUGAAAGAAUAAAGGACAUGGUGAUUCAAUCUUCGCAUUACCUCUUUAAAGUGACCAUGAACAGAUUUUAUUUCAAAGAGGUCAAGAUAGUAGUUCCUCCUAACUGGUCGAAAGGACAGUAUUCCAAAGCGCGGACAGAAACUUACGAAAAGGCAAAUAUAAUCAUUGAUGAACCAAACCCACAACAUGGAGAUGAUCCAUACACUCUACAGUAUGGUGAUUGUGGAACACCAGGAAGAUAUAUUCAUUUAACUCCAAACUUCCUGUUAGAUGACAAUCUCCUUCACGCUUAUGGACCUCGAGAAACAGUCCUUGUCCAUGAAUGGGCUCAUCUCCGAUGGGGUGUCUAUGAUGAGUACAACGAGGAACAACCAUUCUACUUAUCAGGGAACAUUGCUGAAGCAACAAGAUGUCCCAAAGCCAUUGUGGGUAGAAGGUUUGCUGUCUCCAAACUGCACAACUCUAUGACAUCCUGCUCUUUUGACCAAAAUACUGGUCUGCCCACGGGAGACUGUGCAUUCUAUCCUGAGAAGCAUCAAAAUAUACCUUCAUCUAUAAUGUACCUUCAGAAUUUAGAUCCUGUAAGAAGUAGAUUUUGUAACAAAACCAGCCACAAUGCAGAGGCACCAAAUAAGCAGAACCUUAUAUGCAACUACAGAAGUGUUCAGGAGGUGAUUGAUCUGUCUGACUUCAAAAGUUCUGUACCAAUGGAAACUUUCACUCCUCCAGAGACAAAGUUCACAGUGUUAAAGAGGAGUCGUCGGGUUGUCUGCCUUGUCUUGGAUGUGUCAGGAAGCAUGUCUGGUGAUAGAAUGUUACGCCAACAACAAGCUGCUUCAAUUUUCCUACGGACGAUCAUUGAGAACCAGUCCCUUGUUGGGAUUGUAAAAUUUAGCCAUACUGCUGAGAUCCUUAGACCUUUGACCUUGAUUGAUGGUGAAGCAGCCAGAGAGACUCUUGUGACUUUCUUGCCAUCUACUGCAAAUGGGGGUACAAACAUAUGUGAAGGGCUUGCUAAAGGUUUUGAGGUGCUUCAUAAGGACAAUGGAGACACAACAGGGGAUGAAAUAAUUUUCCUAACUGAUGGAAAGUCUGAUGUAAAUUGCCUCGAAGAUGUGGCUCAAAGCGGUGCUAUUGUGCAGACAAUUGCUCUUGGCUGUUCUCCUGAAGAAAUUCUGCAAACCAUGUCUGAAAUCUCGGGAGGAAAAUAUUUUGUAGCAAGCUUGGAUAGCAAUGAACUUGUGGAUGUCUUUGCAUCACUUACAACAUCUGAUGGAGAUAUUACACAUCAGACAAUUCGGCUUGAGAGCUCUGGAAAGAGAACAAAUGAAAAUGACUGGUUUAUUGGGAUUGUCUCUGUUGAUAAAACAGUUGGAAAUGACACAACAUUUUUGGUUAUUUAUGAAAAAAGAACACCCACCAUCGUGAUAAUCAGCCCAACAGGAACUCUCUACAAUGAAUCAAAUUUCAAACACCAUGCUGCUGCAAAAACAUUGUCUCUAGAGAUUCCAGGAACGGCUGAGACAGGAGAUUGGGAGUACAGCCUCCGUAACACAAUGACAAGUCCUCAGUCACUGAUGAUUACAGUGACCAGUCGUGCUGCCAGAGCAGAUGUUGCUCCUGUCACAGUGAAGGCCCACAUGAGCCAGCAGUCCAGUGAUGGAAGCAAACCCAUGGCAGUGUUUGCAGAGGUGAAUCAGAAAGGAGUCCCUGUGACUCUGGCAGAUGUAUGGGCCACAAUUGUGUCAAGUACUGGAGACAAAGUAGAGCUACAGCUUCUGGAUAAUGGCGCAGGAGCUGAUAUUCAGAGAAAUGAUGGUGUCUACUCUAGAUAUUUUACCAACUUGAAAGAUGGAAAGUAUAACCUGAAAGUGCGAGUAAGGGGACAAGGGGACAAUGCCACAGCCAACAGAGGGCAGAGCCGUGCAAUGUACUUACCUGGAUAUGUGAUUGAUGGAGAGAUAAAACUGAACCCACUGAAGCCUACAGUCAGUGGAGAUAACCCACAGAUGGAUGUGGGCAACUUCAGCAGGACAGCUAUAGGGGAGAGCUUCAUCAUCUCUCUCCCUCCAGGUGUACCCCCUCCAAAAUUCCCUCCCUGUAAAAUCAUGGAUCUGACUGCAAAAAUAGAAGAGGACCAGGUGUUUCUUAAUUGGACUGCUCCUGGGGAGGACUUAGACCAGGGAACAGCCACAGCCUACGAAAUUCGUAUGAGUGAAGACUUUGAGCUUCUCAGGACCAAUUUCAGUGAUGCACAGUUGAUCAACACUUCUGGCCUCCCACCACAAGAGGCAGGCUCCAUGGAGGGCUUCUCAUUUAUUUUAGAUGGUAUCACCAUGAAAAAUGGAACAGUCCUAUUCUUUGCUGUAAAAGCUGAAGAUAAGUAUUAUUUAAAAUCAGAUGUCUCUAACAUUGCCCAUGCAUCAAAGAUUGUGGAGUCAGCAGGUAUGAAUGUAAUGACCAUUGUUUUAUGUAUCACAGUGAUAAUUGUCACCAUUUCUAUCCUUGCUGGCAUAAUUAUAUAUUUAAAGAUGAGAAAAGUUGGCAAUUUUAACAGCAACCAUGAAAUACUAUGAAUGAACAAUGAACCAUAAUGCACUUUGUCCUUUACUAUGAUUAAA